AUUGUUGUACCGGGAAAACACAAACACCUUUUAUAGAAUCGCGUCACCCACCAUGUACCAGCAGUACCAGCAAUACGCUCAACCACAACAGUCGCACGCACAACCGGUGUUGUCCCAGCCGAGCCGCCAUCUCAGUCGUGAUAGUAACAGCAACAAUAACAGCAACAACUUGACGUGGAACGGUACCGCAUGGGUAUCCGCCAAUCCACCAUCGGGCAGCAGCGCCGUUUCUUCGUUUAGUACGGCGUCGUCUCACCAUCACUACGUUCCCCCACAGCUUUCACAAACCCCUUCACAGUAUCCAGCCCAACAACAGUCACUAAUGCCGUCGUCGUCGUCGGCACAAUCCGCCGUUUCGCUGGUCCAGCAGUAUACCCAGUAUUAUCACGCAUGGACCGCACAACAACAGGGACACGUGGCGCACGCCCGGACCUAUACGCCGCACAGUCCGGAUUACCAAACCGCCAUGCAACACGCGGGAACUUGCCAAACCUACGCCGAAGACAGUUCCCGCGCCGCGCAUUACUUUCACCAGAACCCUCAGGCCACGAUUGCUACCGCACCCCUUUCCUUGCCACCGACGCCCCCCACGACCGCCACGACCGCCGCCGCCACCACCACCACCACGACGUCUCACGCACUGAACAAUCCACCGAGGGUACAGCAGCCCCACACGAUUCCCCAAAAGACCCCUACUCCAGCAAAGGCGAAACCUCCCAUGAAAGAUUACGUGGAUCGAUGUUUACAGCAAUGUCGAAACGAAACAGAAAAACGCGCCAUGGUAUCGGAAAUCGAACGACUCAUGUCCGGACUCAUACAAAAAGGUACUUUUCACGAUAUGGAAUGGGGCAAUUUGCAACUGAUCGCCGUACCGGAAAGAACUUCGGUUCCGGCGACUCCAUCGUUGCGUCCUACUCAUCCAUACCAGGGACCAACAAGAAACGAUGUUUCGUACUACGGACCCACAAAUGUUCAAGCUGGGUAUCCGUCGUCAGCCGCAGGAGCGUCACCACAAUCCCUGCGGAAUCCCAAAAAACGCCGCUUUUCUGUCCAAACACCAUCCGUUACGGUGGAUCCCACCAUCAACUACUAUGGUCCGAGUAUCACCCACAAUUCCACUCACUCGUUCUCUUCUUCUCAGCAGCAGCAAACUUCCAAAUCUCGCCAAAAAGACGGAUUCAAUCAAUCCUCUUUAGCGUUGGAUGUCCGGGCCCGUCGUUUUUCGGGUCCGGGUGGUAUUGACGAUAUUCAACAGACCACCACGCAGGCCAUUUCGGGCUUUGACCGAUUCAUGGGCAAAGCCGCCAUUGGUGGUUCGACCAAACCCCUGGAUGAAGAAGAUUACGAAGCUAUGACUGUAAAAGGCACUUGCCACGUCUUGGAGAAAUCCUAUUUGCGUUUGACCGCUCCACCGCGUGCCGAACUCGUGCGGCCCGAACAAGUAUUGCGCAAGCACGUGGCUCAGUUAAAGACGGAGCGACAAAAACCUGCCGCAACUCGACGAGAUUAUCUAUGGUUUUGUUCGCAAUUGAAGGCCGUGCGACAGGACUGUACCGUACAGCGCAUUCAGAAUGCAUUCACCGUAGAUGUCUAUGAGACUCACGCCCGGAUCGCUUUAGAAGAAGGGGAUCUGAACGAAUACAAUCAAUGCCAGACGCAGCUCAAGUAUUUGUAUGAUCUACUUCGGAAUGACAGUGAUGAGUAUCUAGCAGCACAGCAGUACGAGGAUGAAUUUCUCGCAUAUCGGGUAUUGUAUUACGUGUUUUUGACGGGCAACCAGUCCUAUCAGGGUGGUUCGUCCGACCUUUUGCAUCUCUUGCUACAGCUCUCGGGGCCAGAUCGAUCUUCCCAUCCUUCCAUUGCCCAUGCUUUAAAGGUUCGUGCCGCUUGUGCACAGACGGAUUACCACGAUUUUUUUCGAUUGCGGGAAACUUGUCCCAAUCAUGGCAAGUAUUUGAUGGAUCGCAUGGUGCCGUCCAUGCGAUUCAAGGCGCUGCAACGUAUUUGUCAGGCCUACCGACCGUCGGUGGAAACUGGUUUCGCGCUCAAGGAGCUUGGUUUCGAAAAAAAUGCGACAAUCGGUAAGCAAUGGCUGAAGAGUUGCGGAUGUGUGUUGGACGAUGAUGAGAGUAUCAUUGAUACGAAGGAAAGUAUUGUGCGUGAGAGUGACUUGGAACACAAGCAAUCAUUGAUUUAGAAUAGUGUAGCGGAUUUUCGGACUCUAAUGACUAUUUAUAAAUAUAUAUAAGAUUAUAUGAAAA